AUGCCGUUCGAAACUUCGUCGCUUUCGGCGCCACCUCGGGUGCGAGGGAUCUUCUUGGUGCUGGUUGUGGUGUGCGGGCAUCUGUGGCCGAGUCGAGUCGCGAUGGCGGCGCCGUUGCCGUUGCGAAACACCAACAACAAUGGAGCCGAUGCCGGCAGCGGAGAAGAGGAGGAGCUAGCAACGGGGGGCUCGGCGGGAUUGGGCGGCAGUGGCGUCGGCGACGAGCGCGUGGCCCGUUGGAUCAAUCCCUGCCGGGCCGUGUCCGACCCGGACCUGUUGGGCCCCGCCGAGGCGGCGGCGGACGUGCAAGUUGUGCGUCCCAUCCGCAUCUCCGCCUCCACUGCUCUCAACUUUGCGGAGGAGUUUCGCGAUGAAUACCCCGGGGAUCGCGUUCCGGGAAUUUUUGGCGUCGUUUUGCGCCCAGAGGCCGGAUCUGAUCGUGGGAACGAGAACUGGAAACAUUCCGACGGGGUUCUUGAUUGA